AUUAUGGAUAUCAGGAGCUUAAGAGCUGUUGUAGGCCUAGUCAAGAUGCGAGGGAGAUGGGGUAUCAUUGACAGGGCACCUGGGACAGCAACGACAACCUUCGCAGAUGAUAUGAUGGAAGGAUAUUUACAUGAUGAACAUGGUGACGACAACGACUUCAUCUUGUGA